AUAUCGGAAUUUGAAUGUCACAUUUGAGAUUUUGACAAAUAUUAGUUUAGACAGCUGACAGCUGAUUGAUGUUGAAGUUAUUGAGAAACAGGAAGAAAAUUGAGAAUUUUGUGCUGUUCCCGAAAUAUCUUUCCUUAGCUAAAAUAUAUUCCCAUGCACCAAUAUUCUUAGAAUAAAUUAUAUUAGUAUUCAGCCAAAAUGGCCGGCCUGCUCAAGUUACCGAGAAGAAUAGCUGCAGUGCGAAAUAUUGUGAAUGUUAGCGAUCCGUCCAAGUUCGCCGUUUCUACUGCAGCUAAUAAAUCAGUCGCCUUCCAACGCAGUUACAGUAGCGAUAAGAAAUAUAAUGAAGCCGAAAAUCUACGCAGGAACUCCUACAGAUAUUUAUGGUUCUCCCUUUUAGCAAGUGCUUCAGCCUAUGCUUCCUAUAAAAUCUGGUUAAGAUACCAAUUAUUUCCCUCUAUUACUGCUGCUGAAGAAAUUACUGAAACGGAUUCUGAAAGUGAAUCAGAUACGAAAAAGAAAAGAUAUAGAAAAGAAAAAAUUGGAUUCAGAGAUAGGAAGAUCAUCGAGUAUGAAAACCGCAUGCGCCAGUACUCAACCCCAGACAAGGUAUUUCGGUACUUCGCCACACUGCAGGCUCAACACCACGACCAACAUGAGGUGUUCAUGACUCCAGAUGACUUCCUUCGCUCCAUGACACCUGGUGUCAAACAACCUGAUGGGCUGGGGUUAGACCAGUACAGAAGAUACGAUCCGAAGAGUAUCAGCCAACGCCUCAAUUUGGAUCUAGACGAAGACUCUAUAUUUUACAAGCUCGGCUCUUCUGGACUCAUCACGUUUAGCGACUACAUCUUCCUGCUCACCGUGCUGUCAACAUCUCGUCGCCACUUCGAGAUCGCGUUCCGUAUGUUCGAUCUGAACGGCGACGGGGACGUGGACUGCGAAGAGUUCGAGAAGGUGGCCGCGCUGAUCCGGCAGCAGAGCAGCAUCGGCUCCCGGCACCGUGACCACGCCAACACUGGCAACACUUUUAAGGGUAUCAAUUCGGCUCUCACGACAUACUUCUUCGGACCCAAACUGAAUCAAAAGUUAACAAUUGAGAAAUUCUUGGACUUCCAACAACAGUUGCAGAAGGAAAUUUUGUCCUUGGAGUUCCAAAGAAAACAACCAGACGAAAAUGGCCGCAUCACCGAAGCAGAUUUCGCUGAGCUCUUGUUGGCGUACGCUGGCUACCCUGCCAAGAAAAAAUCGAGGAUGCUCAAACGUGUGAAGAAAGCAUUCAGAGACCACGGCAAAGGCAUAACAAAAGACGACUACCUCAAAUUCUUCCACCUGCUGAACAAUAUCAAUGACGUGGACACAGCAUUAACAUUCUACCACAUUGCCGGCGCGUCGAUAGACCAACCGACGUUGCGACACGUGGCCCGCACCGUGGCCCAUGUCGACCUGGAUCCGCACGUCAUCAACGUCGUCUUCACUAUAUUUGAUGAGAACAUGGACGGCCAGCUCAGCAACCGUGAGUUCGUGGCAGUGAUGAAGAACAGACUCCUCCGCGGCCUGGAGAAGCCUAAAGACACAGGGUUCGUCAAGUUGAUGUACUCCCUCAUCAAAUGUGCCAGAGACACCAAGCCGGCCAUAUUAGACUUUUAGACUACCGAGGUACGUAGGCAGCUACGAGGCUAAAUUAAAUUUAUUCUAUACAUACAUAGUUACCAACGGUCAUAGUAAAAAGACAACAGCAGUGCAAUUCUGUAAUGAACAACUUGGCUAUGAAUUCGUACUGAAAGUAAAUUAGUAAACUCGAUUGCGCUGCUAGCGCCACUGGCGACCGUGGCAGCAACAUGAAACUAUCUCAUAUAUAAAGGAUUUCUGAAUUAUAAAUAUGAGCACCGAAUAUAUAAGGUGACAUUUGAAUUAGUUUGUAAUCUAUGGGGUUAAAUAGGCCACAUUAAAGCAAUUCACAUAAAAAAAGCAUUAUUGCUAUUUGAUAUAUGUUGACAUUGCGCACUUUUAUAUGCGCUAAUGUCAAAUUGGAAUAUUGCUUUUUAGAUAAUUACUGUAACAAAAACCCGUGCACUCUUUCGGCUUCACUUUGAUAAAAGUGAUAUUACAAAUCGAAGUAAGUUGCAAGUUCGACUUCGGAUUUUAGGUUCUACUUUUUUUACUAUUGUGAGAUCGACGGCUAGUAUACUCCAUAUAAAAUAAUAGGCAUUUACAAGUAACGACAUUUAAAUAUUUUCAGUCAAAUAAUAUGAUAACAUUCGCUCAAAGAUACACUUGCCUACUGACGUAAUGAAGUAGUUAUAGAGAAUGGAGCAUAAAAUAUACUAUUAAACUUUCGGUCGAUUUUCAAGGCAUGAAAUCGAAGACGAAAUAUCUUCUCUCUCAAAAUUAUAACAAAAGCCACAAACAUCGAUAUUUCUACCAUUAUGUUUACCUUUGAAUAUCUUCUUUCGAUAUGCUUUAAAUAAAAAAUCAAUAUAUUAAUAUUAAAGAAAAUCUGUCCUAUGUCUGUUUGGGCUAAAUCUGUACAACGCCAUGUAUUUUUUCUUCGAGGAAGGUAGCCUAGAAGGUCCUUUAUUACACCAAUUUGCAAAUUUUGAAUGAGUGAAUCGGUAGAAAUGUCACCAAGGCGAAGCCGGUCGAGUCUUUAUUAGAAGUAAUAAAAAAAAAACAAUUUUGACAGACAGGAUUAUUUCGUGCCAAUUGCAUCAUUAUUGCUCUCUCUCUUUCUGGUCAUUUAUUGUAAAUAAAGUUAUAUAUUAUAAAUAUUGUGUCUUUAUUACAUUGAUUAGACUGAUAAUAUGUAAUAAAUAGAUUUUUUUAUUAUUAAUCUGAAUUUGUAUAAGUAAUAUAAGUAACAAAAUAGUCAAAAUUUAUUAAAAAAAAUAUUAUCAAUUUAAGAAUAUUUUCACAUAGUAUAAUAAAUAAAUCUUCCAUAAUUUUAUUUUUUUCUCCAAGAAUAUUAUAAGAGUAUGCACAAAAUGUAUAAUGCCGUACGUAGUACAUUUUUUUUAUUUUAAUUAAGAAUAUAUUAUUACAAUAGUACAAUUAAUUGCUUACCUCGAUUUAUGAUAAUAAAAUAAAAUAAUUUACGAAAUUAUACUGAGUGAUCUGAUCAACAUUAUUUUAUUUUAAGAAUGAGUUUUAAAUAGUUGUUUUUAUUAAAUAAACAGUCGCACAUAAUGUUAAAUAAGGGUAUAUUUUUCGUAUGUAAGUACUUUAAUAUUUCAAAUGUUGUUUUAUUUUGUAAAGUGUAUAUAAAGUUAUAAUGUUUCAUGGGUUUCGUUUCACUCAGAUUUUCACGGUAUCAUUAAAUUUUAACUUUCCCGUUUAUUCUAGAAUAUAAAAUUGACAGUAGCGCCAUAAGUACGUAUAAAAUAAGCCUAGCGGAGAAAACUAGCAACCUUUGACACUGUUUGACAUUUCCUAAUCCAAGUGACGUCACUGUAAUUUUAUAUUUAUUAUUCUGACAUGUAUUUAAAUAAUCGUUUUAGUCUUCAGGUUGGGUAAGCGGACCCUGUGAGAAACGGGAUAAUGCUAGGGAGAUGAUGACGUUUUUAAAUAAUAUAAAUCUCUAUAACAUGUUCAUCACAAGGAUUUUCAGCAUAAUCUCAAUAAUUUUAUUAAGCUCUAUGUUAUAUGACUUGUUUGAGUUAGUAAAAAUGUUUAUAUACUACUGUUUUAUUAAAUUAAAUGUUUUUAUUGUAAA